CCACAUUUUCAUCUGGGAUGGACUGACUGCAGCACAGCGUGAGAACUUUUUCCUGUGGGGCGGUGAUCCCUACGGAUGAAAUCCGCUAAUUUUCUCAGACUUCUGCGCUGUAAAAAACACAAAAUAUAAGAGCAGUUAGUUUAUAUCUAGCAAACGGAGCUGAAUAGUAAGACUUAACACUGAAAAAAUCCUGAACGCUACAGCGUCCUUUUAAUUUAUUGCUCAAACUUUGGUCAUUGUAACAUCGGCUCGGACAAAAAGUGGAUAAAUGUUUUCCUACAUUUAGUCAUAAAGAGUUGCUGUGAGGGGGGUUACGGCUGUAGCACUGGACCCCUGGAGCAGGACAGUAUGACGUCACAGACCAGCAGCCCCAGAUCCUCCAGAGAUUGACCCAGGAUGGAGCUGAAGGUGUGGGUCGAUGGAGUUCAGCGCGUGGUCUGUGGGGUCACAGAGUCCACCACCUGCCAGGAAGUGGUCAUCGCUCUGGCUCAAGCAAUUGGUCGCACAGGACGGUAUACAUUGAUUGAAAAAUGGAGGGACACCGAGCGACAUCUCGUUCCUCACGAGAGUCCAGUGGCAUCUCUGAACACUUGGGGGCAGUAUGCCGGUGACGUGCAGUUUAUCCUACACCGCACUGGUCCAUCUCUCAAUGAGUACCCCUCAACCGAAGGUCUGAAUCCUCGGGGCCCAGAGCGUGGCUUGCAUCGGCAGAGCCUUCCAUUGAUGGCCAAGCUGCGAGCUCCGGGUGACCGUUCCCUCUGUCGGCGCGAGCCACGGCGCAAAUCUCUGACCUUCACCGGUGUGCCCCGCAGUCUGAGGGACAUCCUUAGUGGAGGAAGGCUCAGUGACAGUAGUGCCAAACAACGAGAGGUUUUAGUGAGAAGUGCUCACAAUUCACCAUCAAUGUCCCCUCGGUUAUCAGGCCACCGCGUGAAGGAUCUUACCCAACUGGUGAGACUGCAGAGGGAGACUCUUUCGGUUCUGGACACCAGGAUAGAGGCCUACGAGGCAGAGCUUCGAAUGUUGACUGAGAAAAGAGUUGGACUAGAGGACGACAAACUGUAUGUGAAGAUGACAGAGGAAGUUUCAAGUUUGGAAAAGCAGGUGCGAAGGAACAAGGUGGAGAUUGAGGAAGAGGAAUUUUGGGCAACUGAGCUCGAGAUUGAACGGGAGAGCGAGAGGCAGCUGCAGGAGCACCUCCAGGAGUUGAGCAGUCGGUUGCGCGGCUGUGAGGCGGAUCUGGAACAGCGGCUGAUGUCUCUGCAGGGUGUAGAGGCAGGCAUAGAGGCUCAAAAGCAACAUAAGGAGAUCAGAGAGAGCCAGCAGGCCAGUGAGGGGGAAGUGAAGGCUAGACUUCAGAGAGUGAAAUCAGAACUCAAGGCUCAAGCUCAACACACGGGCCAGCUUGAAAACAGCUCAAGAGCAGUGGAGCGCUCACUGACUGAGUCAUGCAAGAGACUGCAGGAGAGUCAGUAUGAACUGGAGCAGCUUACCAAAGAGUUGAGGCAGGUAAACCUACAGCAGUUCAUACAACAAACAGGCACCAAAGUCACUGUUCUGCCCGUGGAGCCUGGCGAUGAUGACUCCAGCAACACAACAGAUGAUAAAGACUUUGCUGCAUUAACUGGCUCAUUAAAACGACCGGGUUUAUCUCAUCCAGAGGUUGGCGGCAUCCGUGUACUCCAUAGUCCGAUCUUCUCAGGUUUAAAUCCUGAGGGCAUCUAUGUCUAAGGACAACUUGGUAGAAGUAUUUCACUUUUUUUUUUUAACCUCUCCAUAUGUUUGAGACUGAAUACAUUUUAUUUGAUGCUAAUUCAAGCAAAACCGACAGCCGAUCUGCUCAACAUGAAGGAUAACUUUAGUGGUGUCAUGAACACCUCUUAAGCAGUUUUCAGUUUCCUAUUAUAAUACUUGAUCUUGAUCACAAAGAGCUGUAUACCAUUUCAAAUAAAAAGUAUGCUGAUUUUCAUAUGUGUAGCAUCAUUGUAGUGUCUAAUGUUAGAAAGUGAUAUCUGUAACCUUUUCACAUAAAAAAAAACUAGUAGAUGAAGGAUGUAUUACUUUGGAAGCAUAAAUAUAUUUUUGUAUUCUUAUUUUAGCUUCUGAAAACAUUUGUAUGAAUGUGCAACUUUCACAUUUGUGUUUACUGUUAGUGGAGAUCAAUCUGACCUGUGAUUUUUUUUUUUUUUUUUUUUUACAUUUCAUAAUAUGGUUGAUUUAUCAAUUUGUAUAAGUGUUUUACUGUUGAGCCAAAGACAAUCACUUAUUUUAGUUGCAAUAUGUUACUGCAUGACUGCAAAAUAUUGUACUCCUUGCUUUAAUUUAGCCAGUGUCAUUAUUGUCGAAAUAUGCAUAAAAUGUAACUGAUACUGCUUGAAAAUUUACUUUUACUCUUUAAGGAAUAGUUCACCCAAAAUGAAAAUGUUCACGCUCAUAUUCAAAAUAUUAUGACUUGGGAGACAUUUUUAAAAAAUAAAUAAAUAAAUGUUUUCAAGGAAUUUUCAUUUUGGGUGAACUAUAUAUUUAAUAUUAUAUAUUUGUUAUAUAUAAUUUGUUUCAAUGUAUGAAAUCACAGCUGUUUAGCUGAAAGUAGUGCCUUCGUGAAAUUCAACGCAAGCCAUGUUAUGAUCAACUUUAACGAUGGUGCAAGCAUGCUGACUCUGUGAAUUAGACUGUAUAAAAUAUAUUAUGACGUUUUAUGCUCAGACUUUGCUCAUAUGGUGUCUUCUAAAUAUGGCUGCAUUUCAUUUCAGUAGAUUUUAGGGGUAUUUAACCUUGUUUUUAAUUGUUUUCUACAGUCAAGCAUGUACUAUCAUUUUGUAUACAUAGAAAAGCUUCAUACAAACCCCUAAAAAAAUCUAUAUAGUACUGUGAAUUAUUAUUAAACACUAAUCACCCCA